UAAUCGUUUAAUGAUAAGCAAGCUUCGUACGUAAAAACGUAAUUUCGAUUAAGUAAAUCGUUUAAGUCUUUUUAAAUUUAAUUUCUUUUGUGUAUAAGUAUUUCUAAUAGCAGAUAAAAAAAUGUUAAAUUCUUCGAUAAAUGACCGUGAAGAUCAAUAUCAAAAAUUAAUAAAUUUUACAAAAGAAAUUGAUCAAGAAAUUAUUAAAAUUACCUCUGCUUUGAAUUGGACAAUAGAAAGUAUAAAACUUGAUGAUGAUAAUAAACUGGUUUGUCCAUAUGAUUCAUCUCAUCAAAUUAGUAAGAAAAAUCUACAUCAACAUUUGGAACGUUGUCAAUGGAAACAAGAAGGUUAUAAUGAAUUUGAUGUACCAUUGCCUGAAUCAAGUUUAUCCUUAAAUUCAUAUUCAUCAAUAAAAUUAGAUUCACAGACACAAAACAAAAUUUUAUGGGAAGCAAAGGAAAAAGAUCCAACUAUGAAAAUUGGUUUGGGUGAGCGAUUAAUUCCAAGAACGUCCAAUAGAAUCUUCACAGAUUUUACUUGUGAUGAAAGGAAAAUUUUAUAUGACUACGUUGUGGCAAAUACAAUUAAGCCAGACAUUGGUCAUGAUAUUACAGACAUUCAGAAACAAAAAAGUGAAGAUAAAGAAGAUAAAGAAGAUAAGAAAUUGUCCUUUCUAGAAGUGCUUAUACAAGAACGUAAUUUAAAAAGGCGACGAGCUAAACAUAGAGGUGUACAUACAAAUAAAAAAUCUCAUACAGAAAUUUUGAGAGAAGUUAUACAUCAACAAAUGCAGUUAUAUAUUGAAUAUAUAACAGAUACACAUACAAAUAAUCAUACUACGGAAACCAUAACUAGUACUGAAAUUCAAAGUUCUGAUGAUAAUCAUGUUAAUAUGCAAAAUUCAGCUUUAUUAAUUGAUGAAUUUUCUGAGAAACAUCAUGAUGUUUUUACAAAAGAUCUAAAAGAUCAUCAUGGAAAUUCUAACUCUCGAAAUGAUAAAAAUGAUAGAUAUUUCGAGAAAUCACGUAUUUCUCAUACAAAAAAUUCAAAAGAAACAGAAACAUAUUCACGAACUAAUGAAUUAUAUAAAGCACAAAAAUCUUAUAAACGUAAGAGAUCACAUUCGAGAGAACGUGAUUAUGAUAAUUAUGAUAAAAAAAAUAAAUAUGUAUCUACACGAACACAUUAUAAGAAAAACAAUAUGAAAUCUCAUAAAAGUGAAAAAUCAUUUGAUGUUAAUGGUCAUUCCAAACGGAAUACCGAUCGUCGAGGAAAUCGAGAAAAAUUAAAUUAUAACUAUUAAAUUUGUAUAGUUAUUAAAAUUAAAGAAUUUUAUAUAAGUAA